UGGUGUGGCUGGGUGCUGUGCGUUAGGUUGAGAGGGUGACUGUUGGUGUUUUAAAGGAUGUGUGGUUGUAAUGAGGGCGAUGCACCUGUUCGGAAUGAGAUGGCGUCCUCUGCAGGGUGGAAUGGGAACUGAGGCACAUUCCUUAUAGAUGAAGAGAGGGAGAGAGAGAGAGGGAUAGAGGCGAAGAGAGAGAGACCCAUUCUGGUUAAGUAUCCCGGCAGCUACACGCACGUUACAAUACCUCUCUACCUUCUCUCAAGCCUGACGUAAAAAAAUCAACUACUUAACAAAUUACUGCAGUGGGCGUGUGUAGUGCAGAGUAUAGUAAGGUGUGUUGGACGCAAAGUGGUGGAGGUGUUAUUGUUGGUGGUGUGUGUUGCAUAAUCCCAAACGUAAACAACGACAAGGUAAUCUGACUGGCAAACACCAUGACUGACGACUUCUUUGACGACUACUAUGAAAGUGUGGGUGUCGGUGGGGACAUUGGGGCCUUUCUGAAGAGCGGCCAAGGUGACACAGGAACACAGCCGAGUGGACACGCUGAGGCCGAUGACCUACAUAAACCACCUCCCACGGGACACGCCAAGGAUGCGAGUAUCGACAAAGACACAACAACAGCACCGGGGGGAUCCUACAGUGAAUCCUUCGAGACAGAGAACACCAAGUCAGAAUCCCUAAAAAAACAGACAUCAGAAGAGGACUCAAAUGAAGUUUCUGAGGAUGUAAAUGGUUCAGAGGAAGCUUCGUCCGCUGAUGUUACGCAAGAGAAUGAUAGUGAAGGUUCAAAUGAUAGUGUUUCCCUUCAAGAGGAGUCAAAGAAAAUGGAGAGUGAAGAGGAAGAAAGCGAGUCGAGUCAUGGCAGGCUCUCCCAAAACACUUACAGCAUAGAUGAAGAAACUAAACGGACAGGAAGUGAGAGAGACCAGGAAACUGAUGAAGAAAACGAAGAAAGAAUAAGAGACGAAAAAGAGAAGCAAAAGAAGAGAAAGGUGAUCAAAGACUGGAUUGAAAGAAAGACAAGAGAAACACGCGACAAAAGAAAAGAGGAAGCGAGGAAGAUGGAAGAGCUGGCCAGACAAGAAGAGGAAGAAGCGGAGAGGAAGAAGAAACAGGAGGAGAGGAGAAAACAGAGAACGGAGAAGGAACUGAAGGAAUGGCUGCAAAGGAAAGCAAGAGAGGAAAAGGAGGCGAUAUUAAGACAGCAAGAGGAAGCAGAGGAGAUGAGGAAAAUGAAGGCGGAGAGGGAGGCACGCAGCUUCCAGACAUACCUCUCAUGGCUCUCCCAAAACCCGCCCUCUGCCGCCCACCGCCACCACACCGCCCUCGCCUUCACCGGGAGCAGAGUCAUCACCUACUACGAUCGCUCCUGCCCCGCCCCUCCCGCCUUCAGGAACCAGGAGCCGUGGCGGAGGUGGUGACGGCAGGCUGGUUACUCAUCUGGUGGAGAGAAGAGUAGCGUAUUUUGAGGACAUGUUUUUUUCUUUUUGUUUCCGAAGAUUUAAUAGGAAUUGAAAUGGUUUAGGUGAAGUUAUUUGUUUUUCAUUUAUUUGUUCGGACUUGAAAUCUCUUGGUCUAAGCGUUUUAUUACAUAGAUCUGUCCGGAGUUUUCACAUUUUAAGUUGUUUUUGUUUUUAUAGAUUUAUCUAGGAUUUAGAUAUUUGGGCGAUCAGUUUCUAUAAAUUGAAUAGGUAAUGCAAUGUUAUGGGCCUAGUUAAUGGUUCUACAGAUCUAAAUAAGAAUUAGAGUUUACGUGUUACGGUGAAAAAUAGAUAAGAGCGAUGGAAUGUAAAAUGUUUGUGAUGUGAGAGUAUAUUUAUAUCAAAGACAUAUAUACAAGAUUAUAUUUUAAUGUUCUCCGUAAAAUCAUACAGAUAAUAGUGACGAUAGUUUUAUGGUUCAAAGAAUACUGUUCAUGUUUACACGAAUGAUAAAGU